CGAGCAAGCGGGCGGGCGCGGGCCGGCUACGACAGGGUUCCAGUCAGAAAGUUUCUCUGCCCUUCCGCUGCUCCUGGAAGCGGGACUUGAGAGCUGGAUCCAGCAGUUCUACAGAAAAAGAGACAGGGACACAACACAAAAUACACCGAAAAAAAUCAAAAUCUGCAGCCAUUUGCAGCUAACCCCGAGGCUCAGGAGGACAGACAGGUCCAUGGCUUGUCCAGGCUCUGAGAGGGUUUUGCUCUGACCACAGUCCCGUCCCCUGGCUGAGACAGGACUACAUUUUGCUGCUACAGUGUCUUCAGGUCCCUGUUCUGCCCUGCAGGCCCUUAGCCACGCAGUCGCCAUGGGCAGUGUCAGCAGCCUCAUCUCCGGCCACAGCUUCCACAGCAAGCAUUGCCGUGCCUCACAGUACAAGCUGCGCAAAUCCUCCCACCUCAAGAAGCUCAACCGGUACUCAGAUGGGCUGCUGAGAUUUGGCUUCUCCCAAGACUCGGGACGCGGCAAGUCCAGCUCCAAAAUGGGGAAAAGUGAAGACUUUUUCUACAUCAAGGUCAGCCAGAAGGCCCGAGGCUCCCACCGCCCAGACUACACAGCCCUAUCCAGUGGGGACAUGGGGGGACAGGCUGGGGUAGAUUUUGAUCCAGCCACCCCACCUAAACGCAUGCCUUUCUCCAAUCAGCUGGAAAUGAGCUCAGACAAGGGGCCAACGAGGCCCACUGCCUUCAAGCCUGUGCUGCCACGGUCUGGAGCCAUCCUGCACUCCUCACCUGAGAGUGCCAGUCACCAGCUUCACCCCAUGCCUCCAGAUAAGCCCAAGGAGCAGGAGCUGAAGCCAGGCCUGUGCUCAGGGGCACUGUCCGACUCGGGCCGGAACUCCAUGUCUAGCCUUCCCACACAUAGUACCACGAGCAGCUACCAGCUGGAUCCUCUGGUCACCCCCGUGGGGCCUACCAGCCGUUUUGGGGGUUCAGCCCACAACAUCACACAGGGCAUCAUCCUUCAGGACAGUAAUAUGAUGAGCCUGAAGGCUCUGUCGUUCUCUGAUGGCGGCAGCAAGCUGGCUCACCCCGGCAAGGUGGACAAGGGCUCCUCGUGUGUGCGCUCACCACUUUCCACGGACGAGUGCACGAUCCAGGAGCUGGAGCAGAAGCUGCUGCAGAGGGAAAGUGCCCUGCAGAAGCUCCAGCGCAGUUUCGACGAGAAGGAGUUUGUCUCGGGCCAGACCUUCGAGGAGCGACCAAGGCGUCCCAGGGACGAACUGGAGUGCCUAGAACCCAAGGGUAAGCUGAAGCCGGCCUCCCAGAAGAGCCAGCGCACGCAGCAAGUGCUCCAGCUGCAGGUGCUCCAGCUGCAGCAGGAGAAACGGCAGCUACGGCAGGAGCUCGAGAGCCUAAUGAAGGAGCAGGACCUUCUGGAGACCAAGCUGAGGUCCUACGAGCGGGAGAAGACGAACUUCGCCCCUGCACUGGAGGAGACCCAGUGGGAGGUGUGCCAGAAGUCCGGCGAGAUCUCCCUUCUGAAGCAGCAGCUCAAAGAGUCUCAGAUGGAGGUGAACACCAAGGCCAGUGAGAUCCUCAGUCUGAAGGCACAGCUGAAGGACACCCGGGGCAAGCUGGAGGGCAUGGAUCUGAAGACACAAGACUUGGAGAGUGCCCUGCGCACCAAGGGGCUGGAGCUGGAGGUCUGUGAGAACGAGCUGCAGCGUAAGAAGAACGAGGCAGAGCUGCUGCGGGAGAAGGUGAACAUUUUGGAGCAGGAGCUGCUGGAGCUGCGGGCCCAGGCUGCCUCGCUGGGGCCUCUAGGGGUGGGGCCUACUUUCUCAGAGGACAUCCCUGCUCUGCAGCGGGAGCUGGAGCGACUGCGGGCUGAGCUGAAGGAGGAGAGGCAGGGCCAUGACCAGAUGUCCUCCGGCUUCCAGCAUGAGCGGUUGGUGUGGAAGGAAGAGAAGGAGAAAGUGAUUCAGUACCAAAAGCAGCUGCAGCAGAGCUAUCUGGCCAUGUACCAGCGCAACCAGCGGCUAGAGAAGGCCCUGCAGCAGCUGGCCCGUGGGGAUGCGGCAGGGGAGCCCUUUGAAAUUGAACUGGAGGGAGCUGACAUCCCCUAUGAGGACAUCAUAGCCACUGAGAUCUGAGGGGCUGCCCAGGGGAUGGAGGGUUGGGGACUGGACCCCAGAAGGCAGGGAGGUCUGAGCCUGUUCAAAGAGGCAUUUUGAGCCCCUCUGAGAGAAGUCACCUCUGGGGCCCAGACUCAGGAGUUCCCAGUGGUGGGGACUUAGUCUUUCCUCCCUUCUUGCCUUUUCCAACUAACUCUCCCUGCUGCUUAUUAGACCUUGAUUUCUGAACCCCAAGUGCUCGUGGACAUGUGUUCAGGGGCUUCCUGUGCUGGUUGAUGUUUCCCUCAACUUUGGUCUCAUUCACAGUAGUGGUAAAGGCCCCAUCAGGGAUGGGGCAACUGCCAUAGGCCAAGUGGCCACCCAAGGACAGAAACAUCUUCCCUGUCACCCCCAAGCCCUGUCAUCCCCUAGGCAUAUUGGGAUGCCUUGAGAUAGAAGCCAUGCAUAACCAGAAGCCUUGGACACGCUCCUCACUACAGCCUGUUCUUCUCUAAACUGCGAAGAUGGAGGAGUUGUGUUGCCACACGGUUUAGCCAGCAAGCCAUGGGAGGAGGGGUUGGAUGGACAGUCCUGCAUUCCAGAAUCUUCAUGGGUCUCACAGAGCUCAGAGAGAAGUGAGGGGAGAGAACCAUGGCAGACAGUGGGAUUCAGAGUCUAAAAUGGGAUUCAACCCCUCCGCCCCCAGUGGUCACUCUGUUUAAAGCCAUAGAUAUUGGGGUGCCAGGUGCAUUACCUGGAAGUGACAUACAGCAUAGCUUCACUCUUAUUCCAGGGGAGCCUCCUGUGUGCUCCAGCCAAGGCCAAGGCAAGGCCUUCCCUGAAUUGGUCCAGCCGCCAAUAUGGAACCCCCUCCCCCCCCGAAUAUCAGGUUCUUGCUUGGGUCCAGAGUAGCUCAUCCACUUAGAUAGUAUGCAUGGGAGUGAGGCGCUAGCCUCCCUUGCCUACAGCAUCUUCAGAGCUGUUAUAACUAUAUAGAUUGGGCGGGGUCACACGUGCCGCCUGGGUUGCAGUCUAGGCAGGCAGAGGGAGGAACAACGAACAUACACAGAGCCGUCUCCCUCCACUGGAGCCCCA